AUGGUUCAACUCGCCCAAGUCGCAAUUAUCUUCGCCACAGCCCUUGCUGGCUUUACCACUGCUGAUGACUGCAACCGUGGAGGUAUCUAUUGUGGUACCUAUCUUCAACAGAAGGGUGACUACAGGACUAAAAUCAUCGAGAGCCUACGGGCUAACAAGAUGCCAACGGACGACAACACCGUUGAUCAAUCUCUAUUUAUCUGUCUUGAGGGCGGCGAUAUUUCAUUCAAGGAAAUGUGCUCCAGGGGCUGCAUCGGCGGCGAUACGAAUGACGACUACUGCACCGGAUCUCCCGAAUCUGGAGGUGAGAAGAGGGGCUUGCCCGUUGUCUGGGAGGCUUAA